AUGCCCUGGCUCCAAAAAAGAGCUAAACUUUGAAGUUGAAAUCUUUCUCCUUUUCAUCUCUUUCAUGUAUGCAAAUGCAAAGUUACAAACUUUGAAUGAAAUGGAAACCUUCAAAAUCAGACCACAAAUCCUACAAUCCCCAAAACCCCAAUUCAUGAACUCACUCUUGCCGAGGCUCAAAGCCAAUUUCUCUUUAAUCCCAUCUAUAUCUUACCUAAAACCCUUUUGCACUACAAAUUCUCUCACUUCACCUCAUGGCUUAAGAAGAAGCAGCUGCAGCAGUGAUGGUGGUACUUCAAGGGACAGUGUCAAGGCUAGGGCUACUAUAGCUGAAGCUGCAAGACGAUUGAAGGAGGACUGGUUAGACUCUCUUUCUUGCCCCUGUCCUGAUAAUCAAACUCAGCUUUCUGCUUGCGGUGGAACUGAUCCCGUCCCGAACAAUGUGGGUCCCGAAUGGGUCAUCGGUGUCGACCCCGAUGUUUCCGGUGCUCUCGCCCUCUUGAAAAUUGAUGAGUCCGGUUGUUCUGCUCAGGUGUUUGAUGCACCUCACUUGAACGUUUUGGUUGGAAAAAGAAUUCGGAAGCGUUUAGAUGCUAAGUCUAUUGUUCAGUUGCUUCGUAGUUUUGAUGCUCCAAUUGGAACUACUGCAUACAUUGAGCAAUCGAUGCCAUUUCCAAAAGACGGGAAACAGGGAUGGUGGAGUGGAGGAUUUGGUUAUGGAUUAUGGAUUGGCAUAUUAGUGGCAUCUGGAUACUCUGUAGUUCCAGUGCCAUCUGUAACAUGGAAGAAUGAAUAUGAGCUCUCUGGAAGCAGCUGUACAAAGGAUGAAAGUCGAAGGGUUGCAUCAACAUUAUUUCCAUCACUGAGUUCAGUGCUGACGAGGAAAAAAGACCAUGGAAGAGCAGAGGCAUUACUUAUUGCUGCAUACGGCAAAGGCCUGAAGUUGAAUUCAGGCACAUCAUGCAUUUCAGAUGAAUUGCCUUAAAUCUGGCAGAUUGCUUGGCAGCCCACUCUCACCUCUAUGUUCUUUAUACUGACGCUACUUGCAAAAUUUGUGAGCACGAGUUGCAAGAUGAAGCAGCUGAUAAAUGAAGAGCAUAAAGAAUUUUGGCCAUGAGAGCAUUGAUAACCCUGACGUUCAUGGUGGCAGGAGAAAAAAACGAGGAGAUUUCUUGCAGACAGAUGGCCAUUGUUUUGUGAAUUGGUAUUGUUUUGGGCCCCUCCAAUUCACGAGGUUGGCAUAUUCGUAAAUUGUAAGAUAAACGUGGUGGCUUAAGGCUUAUCAUUUGCUGUCUACCUGACAUUGUUCAACAGGAGAAUUUGUACAAAUGUUCCCAGGUGCUUUUUCCUCCUUAAAAAAAAAAAAAUCUCAUUUCAAUUGAGAUACAGUUUUAUAAUUUAAAUAUUUUGAUUAAGAAAACAAUGUAGCAUGCCCACUAUAAACGUCUCCAUUUUCAUGUAUCAUCAUAUAAACUCAUCUUCAUGUUUGCCAAUUUCUCUCCCAGUUUUAAAUUCUAAAAUUUCUUAACAACGGUAUCUGAACAAAUCAUCUGAUUAUCCCAAAUGCUUUUGCUUUUUUGUG